AUGUCGGACAGAACAAUGACACGGCAAGUACUGUUGUUUAUCUCGGUCCUCUCUCUCAGUUCAGUGAACGGGCAGGUCAGUUACUCCAUUCCGGAGGAAAUGGCGAAAGGCUCUUUAGUCGGUAACAUAGCGCAGGAUUUGGGUUUAGAUAUCAAAAGACUGAAAUCAGGUAAAGCUCGUAUUUAUACUGGAAACAGCGCAGAAUACAUCGAGCUGAAUAAAGAAAGGGGAGUUCUCCUUAUCAAAGAGAGAAUAGACCGUGAAGCGCUCUGCGGACAGACGACGCCUUGUGCACUGGAUUUUCAGAUUUCUCUUGAAAACCCGAUGGAAUUGUACCCGGUAACUGUUGAGAUCACAGAUAUAAACGAUAAUGCUCCCAGUUUUAAAAAGGCUGAGAGAAGAUUGGAAAUCAGUGAGUCGGCGGUGAUUGGCUCUAAAUUUGUGUUAGAGAAAGCAGUCGAUCCAGACAUAGGUUUAAACGGUCUCCAAACCUACUCGCUGAAACCCACAGACAAUUUUAUUCUGAAAUUACAUAGUCAGGCUGACGGAAGUAAAAAGGUAGAGAUGGUUUUACAGAAACCUUUAGAUAGAGAGAAACAGGAGCAUAUGUCGUUGUUGUUAACUGCUUUGGAUGGAGGCAAACCUCAAAUGUCUGGGACAAUGCAGAUACACGUAACCGUGUUAGAUGCAAACGACAAUGCGCCGGUUUUUACCAAAACAGUUUAUACGGCAACAAUAACAGAGAAUUCACAAAAAGGAACUGUUGUCACUACAGUUAGUGCUUCUGAUGCAGACGAAGGAACAAAUGGUGAAGUGUCCUAUCUAAUUUCGAAUGGUAUGGACAGUGGUUCAGAAUUGUUUCAUAUAAAUGCAGAUGGGGAUUUGAUAUUAGAUGGCCCAAUUGAUUAUGAAAAAGCCAGAUAUUAUCAGAUUGAUAUAGAAGCAAUAGACAAUGGAGGCCUUUCAGACUCAAGUAAAAUAAUAAUUGAUGUUAGUGACGUGAAUGACAAUAGUGCUGUUAUUAAUUUGAUUUCCAAAUCAAGUUCAAUACCAGAGGAUUCCCGUCCGAACACAGUAAUAGCUAUGAUGAGCGUGAACGACCCUGAUUCAGAAAGUAAUGGUAAAGUUCACUGUGGCAUAAAUGCGAAAAUCCCCUUUACAAUAAAAUCAACAUCUAACACAUUUUACAGUCUAGUAACUGAUAGUGACUUGGACCGAGAGAGAGACUCUGAGUAUAACAUCAGUGUGACGUGCUCUGAUGAGGGCGUGCCCUCGCUCUCCAGCAGCGUCACUCUCACCUUACAGAUAUCAGAUGUGAAUGACAACGCGCCUGUCUUUGAGAGGAGCUCAUAUGAGGCCUACAUUAUAGAAAACAACACACCGGGCCUCUCUAUAUUCACAGUGAAAGCCAGAGACGAUGACUGGAACCAGAAUGCCCGUGUUUCUUACAUACUGGAGGACUCCUCGGUUAACGGAGUGCCCGUCUCCUCAUAUGUGUCCGUUAGUGCUGAUAGUGGAGUCAUCCAUGCAGUGCGCUCUUUUGACUACGAGCAGAUCAAGGAUUUCCAGUUCCGCGUAAAAGCGCAGGAUGGAGGCUCCCCUCCACUCAGUAGCAAUGUGACUGUGAAAAUAAUGAUCCAGGACCAGAACGACAACGCGCCUCAGGUUCUGUACCCAGUCCAGACUAGCAGCUCCCUGGUGGCUGAAAUGGUGCCUCGUUCAGCAGAUGUGGGCUAUCUUGUCACUAAAGUGGUGGCUGUUGAUGUGGACUCUGGACAGAAUGCCUGGCUCUCGUACAAACUGCAGAAAGUGACAGACAGGGCGCUAUUUGAAGUGGGCUUACAGAAUGGAGAAAUAAGAACUAUACGCCAAGUCAAUGAUAAAGAUGUUGUGAAACAAAGGCUCACUGUCGUAGUGGAGGACAACGGGCAGCCCUCUCGUUCAGCUACAGUCAAUGUUAACGUGGCGGUGGCGGACAGCUUCCCUGAAGUGCUCUCGGAGUUCACUGACUUUACUCACGACAAGGAGUACAAUGACAACCUGACUUUUUACUUAGUCCUGGCUUUGGCUGUAGUCUCAUUUCUGUUCAUCACAUGUUUAGUGGUUAUUAUAUCAGUGAAAAUAUACAGAUGGAGACAGUCUCGCAUCCUCUAUCAUUCCAACCUCCCGGUUAUUCCGUAUUAUCCACCGCGUUACGCAGACACUUUGGGGACAGGAACGCUACAGCACGUGUACAAUUACGAGGUGUGCAGGACGACUGACUCCAGAAAGAGUGACUGUCAGUUCGCCAGACCCUGUAGUCAGAACGUAUUGAUAAUGGACCCCAGCUCUACAGGGACGAUGCAGCGGAUGCAGAACGAAAAGAACAUCCUGGAUGAACCAGACUCCCCAAUAGAGGUCUGUUAUAUUUGA